UGAUUUUUUUUUUUUCGGUUUUUCAUAAAGGGAACGAUUCCCCAAACUCGCUAUUGCAUUAAACGAAUACUAGAAAAUACUUCUUUUGGAAUUUUGACACAAUUAAGCGAAUAUUUGACUAGAAAAUAUGGGAUCAUAUCAUCUAAUUGUAUUGGUUCAUGGACUUUGGGGUAAUUACUCCAACAUGCAAUAUCUUCAAAGUCAAAUUGAGUCACAAGGUGAAGAUGUAGUCGUUUAUAAGACAGGAUCCCAUUCUGGAUUUUUAACAUACGAUGGAAUUGAUGUCAAUGGGAAGAGAGUAUGUGAUGAGAUUAUGUCUGAAACCCAGAGACUUACUGAUGGAGAUCAUAAAGUGACCAAGAUAUCAAUUGUUGGAUAUUCUUUAGGUGGGUUGAUUGCAAGAUAUGCAAUUGGUGUUUUACAUUCACUAAAUUACUUUGAAUCAAUUGAACCAAUUCAUUUUGUAACAUUCUGUUCACCACAUGUAGGGGUCCUAACACCAAAUACUGGAAUUGCUGCAAGAUUAUUCAACUUUGUAGUACCCUACUUUUUAGCACAUUCUGGGUCUCAAAUGUUUUUAACUGAUCGAAGACAAUUUAAGGUUCCAUCAAGGGAAAAUAUUAAUAUAGAGAAAAGACAAUUACCUCUAUUGGUUUGGAUGGCUGAACCACAAUCCUUUUUCUUUAAGGCAUUAGCAAAAUUCAAACAUAGAUCGUUAUAUGCCAAUAUUAUUAAUGACAAACGUACUUGUUGGUUCACAUCAGCUAUUUCAAUUAUGGAUCCCUUCCAAUCUAUGCUGAAUGAAAGUUGCUCGAUAUAUGAUCUCGAUUAUGUGCCCGGGUACGAGCCAACUGUUAUCGAUAUCAAAAAACCGAUAACGAUAAUUGAAUUAAAUGAAGAUGAAGAAACCAAGUUUGAACUGUCUAUUCAAAAUGAAUCUUGGAUAUCAAACUUCUUACGUAGGAAAUUAAAUUGGGUCAAAGUAUUGGGGAAAUUGGUAAUUUUUACACCGAUUUGGGCUGGAUAUUUUGUUUGUAGGUCAAUUUUGGAAAGAAUAAAAUUGAAUAGAAGAGUUUCAACGUUCUUCCACGAUGCUUCAAACAACUUGUUACAUUUAUAUGAUUAUGAAGAGGCGGAUGAAGAUGAUUUAUCCUCUGAAAAAAGUGAUACCAAUAAUUUUGCCAUUUCUGACCGUUUAAGUCUACAAACUGAUGGUCUCAUUGAGUCUGUGUUUGACGCUAUCAACAGCGAAAAAUAUUCUAAUCAUCAUUAUUUGGUAUCUUCUCAUGAUAAAGAAAAUCAUAACGAUUCAGAUCCAGGAUUAGCAAAGUUUUAUUCGGCUAUCUCCGAUCUGAUUCAAUCAAGUCAAGAUCAAAUUAAUACUAAAGUGAUAGAGCAAAUAAUACCAAACCUUGAGUUUGAAUUAAAAUUAUCACUUGCUCAAAGAAUCAUUAUCAAAAAUUUGAAUUCACUUUCAUGGGAUAAAUUCCCGGUUCUUAUUCGAAACACUAAGGCUACACAUGCAGCAGUCAUUGUAAAGAUUGAAGAUCCAGAUUAUGAAGAGGGAAAGACGGUAGUUAAACAUUUUGUUGAACAAGUUCUUACAAAACUCUAA